AUGCCGGGGGGGCCCUGGGACGGGAAAACCGCCGAGCUGGAACCGACCCCGCAGGGGUGGUGCAGGAGCUGGAGCGGGGGCCUGGGAUGCGAAGGCAGGUGGUUGGGGUUGUUAAUGGGGGUGGGGGGUGGGGGGGGGGGGUGGGGGGGGGGGGGUGGGGGGGGGGCUUCGCUUCACUCGACUAUGUCUCAACUACCAACACUAACUGUGGAGUGGGGGGGGGGGGGGGGGGGGGGGUGGGGGUGGUGGGUGGGGGGGGGGGGGGGGGGGGGGGGGGGGGGGGGGGUGGGGGGGGGGGGUGGGGGGGGGGGGGAGGGGGGGGGGGGGGUGGGGGGUGGGUUGGGGGGGGGGGGGUGUUGGGUUUUACACUUUUUUUUUUGUUAG